AUGUCGAACCAGUCCAUCCUCCGCAUCACGCGCGAGCUGAGCGAGAUCCAGAGGGGCUCUGAUCUCUCCAUUGCAGUCGCGUGCCGUGACAUUGAUGUGCGCCAUGUCAGGGCGCUGAUUAUCGGUCCGCCCGACACGCCCUACGAGUUUGGCUUCUUCGAGUUCGCUGUCAAGUUCACCAAAGAGUACCCAACCAAGGCUCCCGGUGUCACUGCCAUCACAACGAAUGGCGGACGCACACGCUUCAACCCCAACAUCUACGCUGCCGGGAAGGGUCUUGAGUCUAUCCUCAUCUCCAUCCAGAGCCUGAUGUCGUCCAAUCCGUACGAGAACGAGCCCGGGUUUGAAGACGCCAACUCGGACUACGAUAAGAAGAAUCAGGCAGCAUACGUCGACAAGAUUAGACACGAGUCAUUGAGAAUUUCCGUUGUAGAGCGCCUGGAAGAGUACCUCGGAAUUCACCAAGAGCGCCCGGGCGUGACCGUUUACAACGCCGAGGAGGACUACAAGUUAGGCGGAGAAGACACGCCGUUUGAACCGUUCAAAGAUCUCUGCAAGCGACGUUUCCUUUGGUACUACCCAUCCUACCUGGCAACAGUGGACGAGGCUGCCAAGAAGCACAAGGACGGGGAUCGUUUCGAGAAGAUGCCAUUCGAAGGCCCAGGAAAUACCAUGGAGGGCUGUUAUCAGUACACAGCUCUCCGAGAACGUCUUGUGAAGAUCUUCGAGGAGCUGAACAAGGAGAUGACUGGCUGGGCCCAGGAAGGCAUGGCAGCUGUACACAAGGAGAUGGGCAUCGCGAGCAACCUUCAGCGCCAAUUCGAACAAAUUGUCGAGAAUUACAAAACGGACGGUUCCGUCACACUGGACCUUAACCUUGUCGAGAGGAAUCCGUUCGUUUGGCAAUUGGUCCUUUUUGGUAGGCCCAUGACCAAUUUAGACGGCGGCAUGUUCACCAUCAUGCUCUACAUCAGCCCUAAAUUUCCAGACGUUUUACCACGCGUCAAGUUUGCUACCCCUCUGUUCCAUCACCGCGUGUCGCCCGACGGCAUCCUCUGUUACGACGCUGCCCGCAAGGAUGACAUGCGCUCCCACAUCGAGGCCAUCAUUGCUGCUGUUGAGGAGGAGUCGCCGGCAUACGAUCCUCGGACACUAGUUAACCCGGAGGCUGCCAACCUCUUCUGGGGUACUUCUGACCAGAAGAAGGUUUACAACCGCAAAUUGAGGAGAUCGGUCCAGGAUAGUGCAGAGUAA